GUCCUGGUGGGCGGAAGUCCCGCCUCUUGGGCCCGUGCUGCGUGUACAGUCGCCGGCGAGGACGGAAGCCCUGAAGGGUCAUCCCACGUCUUUCUUUGGCGUUCGAGCGGCAAAGAAGCAGGCAUGGCUCCCAAGGGCGGCGGCGGGGCUCGGCAGCAGUCGGAGGAGGAGCUGCUCCUGCAGGACUUCAGCCGCAACCUCUCCGCCAAGUCGUCGGCACUCUUCUUCGGGAACGCGUUCAUCGUCUCCGCCAUCCCCAUCUGGCUGUACUGGCGGAUAUGGCACAUGGAUCUUGUUCAGUCUGCAGUCCUUUACAGUGUAAUGACACUCGUCAGUACGUACCUGGUUGCCUUUGCCUACAAGAAUGUCAAGUUUGUUCUUAAACACAAAGUUGCCCAGAAAAGGGAAGAUGCUGUUUCCAAAGAAGUAACUCGUAAACUUUCUGAAGCAGACAAUCGGAAGAUGUCACGUAAGGAGAAAGAUGAGAGAAUUUUGUGGAAGAAGAAUGAAGUGGCAGACUAUGAAGCCACAACAUUUUCUAUCUUCUACAACAAUACUCUCUUCUUAGUUUUGGUCAUUGUUGCUUCCUUCUUUAUACUGAAGAAUUUCAAUCCCACCGUAAACUACAUCCUUUCCAUCAGUGCUUCAUCUGGAUUGAUUGCGUUGCUGUCAACAGGCUCUAAGUAAAUGGAAUUGUUUGGGAGGAUGGGUCCUGCCCAAUUGCAUACAGGUGUAAGAAGGGGGGUAUUGCCUUUUUUAUACUUUGAAACCAUGAUCAUUACUUUUUUUAAAAGAAGAAAGAAGAUGGGAAAAAAAUACUAUAGGCCUCAUCUUUAGUUAACAGAGCUGAGCUCCUCAGAUCUUCCAGACUAGGCCCAAACACACCUAAAAUAUUUCUGACAGUUACAACCUGUCAGGCAUUGGAUUUCAGGAACAUUAGUUUAUAGCUAAGCCUUCUGUGUUUGGCAUCCUCCCGGAGAAAUGUUUGUAAUCUGUCAGCAAAACACAUCUUGUGGGCAGAAAACAGUAGCCUUGUUCUAUAGUAUUUUGUAACCAUGUUUGAAUAAAAGCAUGAAAAAUA